UUGGACAUCAUCCAUCUGCUAGUCAUGAAUGGCUUCACAGUUCUUCGUGUAGAAUUAGAAGAUGGAGAAGAGUCUGUCUAUGCAGAGUAUAGCAGUUUCUAUGUAGCUGGGGAGGAUGACAAUUACCGGAUCCAUGUUUUUGGAUACAGUGGAACAGCAGGUGAUGGUAUUUCAUGCAACCUUUAUAACUGUAACAACGAUGCACAGUUUUCAACGUAUGACAAGGAUAACGACAACGCCCCUUACAAUAAUGCACAGAGAUGGAGAGGUGCUUGGUGGUAUAAUGAUGGACAUAGGUCUCACUUAAAUGGAGAGUAUGGUAACAACAAUCAUGGCGAGGGUAUAAACUGGUAUCCAUUCAAGGGUCAUACUUACUCUCUAACAGGCUCCAGGAUGAUGCUCCGUCGACCUUAAUACAGCACAGAGAUACAAACGUAUAUAAUACAUAUAGCUACUGAUAUGUAGCUCACCUGCCUGAAAAAAAAAUAUGGGAUUGAUGACCGUUCUGUUGUUAUACAUUUUUUCGAAGAGCUGCUUUUAAUACCUACAUAUAUUCUGUACAAUAACAAUGAUAUGAAGCUACAUGUACCAAUCCACUUUUUCUACUUUUUGCAAUUCCAUAUAAUUUCAUUUCAUAUUAAGAAUACCGUCACCUAUUGUGUUAGAGAUGACGUAGCUUAAGGACAGAGACGCUACAUGUAGAGAGAGUAGUAUUGAUCAUGCCAAGUGUCGCAUAUAACACCAGUAGCAUACAAACUUGUUGUUCCUCUGAGAUAUUGUCCAUUCAAGUUAGAGGAGUGACAUUGACCAUACCAACAAGCUCCCUUACAUAUAAUCGAACAUUUAGAGGCGUUGUCUAUGUCUUUUGUAUAAAACUGCUUUCUAUGAUGGUAUCCAAAUGCAUCACCUUUAAAAGCAUCUCAAUCUAACUGUAUAUAAUA